AUGGCCGACAGCGCCCCUCAUACCAAUGGUGACAACGGCAUCAAUGGUGACAACGGCAUCAAUGGUGUCAACGGCAUCAAUGGUGUCAACGGCAUCAAUGGUGUUAAUGGGAAUAAUGGCCUUCAAAGUUCCCACCCUCCCCGGACCCGCAUCGUCGUUGUUGGACUGGGCAUGGUGGCUAUGUCUUUCAUGGAGAAACUAAUGCAGCUGGACGCGAAGCGGAGGGAGUACAGUCUCGUUGUUAUCGGCGAGGAACCGCAUCUGGCAUACAACCGCGUUGGCCUGUCCACUUUCUUCGAGCACCGUGUCGUAGAGAACCUGUACCUAAACCCGCGAGAAUGGUACUCAUCUCUGGAGGACGAUGGAUCGCUGAAUUACCACGUCAAUACGCGCGUGGCCGAGAUCCGUCCUGCAGCAAAGAAUGUCGUGACGUCCAUGGGUGUCGUCAUCGCAUACGACAUUUUGGUUUUAGCUACGGGUUCCGAAGCCGUUUUGCCAGCUACAACGGCCGGCCACGAUAGCCAUGGCGUCUUCGUAUACAGGACAAUCGCCGACCUUGAGAAUAUGAUGCAGUUCGCAGAUGAGCACAAAGGCUCCGUCGGCGUUGCAGUCGGCGGUGGUUUGCUUGGGCUCGAGGCUGCGAAGGCAAUGGUAGACCUCGAGUCUUUCGCAUCGGUCAAAGUUGUCGACCGCAACAACUACCUGCUCGCUCGGCAGCUGGACGCCGAUGCCGGCCGGCUAGUCACCGAGGGGGUCCGUAAACUCGGACUAGACGUUUUACACAACAAACGGAUCGCCACCAUAAACACGGAUGUCGACAAAAGCGUGACCGGAAUUACGUUCGAGGACGGCGAGCAGCUAAAUUGCAGCGCUGUCUGUUUCGCGAUUGGUGUGCAGCCACGAGACGAACUGGCGAGCUCGGCUGGGAUCCGGACAGGAGAGCGCAAUGGCGGUUUUGUUGUCGGCGAAGAUCUUCAAACGUCCGUUCCUGACAUAUUUGCGAUCGGCGACUGCGCAUGCUGGCAGAACCAAACAUUUGGCAUCAUUGCCCCGGGCAUCGAAAUGGCCGAUGUACUUUCCUUCAACCUUACCGAAGGUCGCCUUGGGUCCGGCCAACCGCCACGCAAAUUCGACCGCCCUGAUCUCAGCACGAAGCUCAAGCUCCUUGGUAUUGACGUCGCAAGCUUUGGAGACUUUUUUGCAGACAGAGACGGACCAAAAUCGGUCCCGAACGGGGGAUUAAGUCCCGAAUCAGCGCCCGUCAAGGCUCUCACCUACAAAGAUCCUUUCGGAUCCGUAUACAAGAAAUACCUCUUUACACCGGACGGAAAGUAUUUGCUGGGUGGUAUGAUGAUUGGUGACACGCGCGACUAUGCCAAGCUCACCCAAAUCGUGCGUACGCAGGCAGUUCUAGAGGCGCCGCCAAGCCAGUUCAUCUUAGGUGCCCAAAAAAUUGGUGAAGAUGACGGCUCUGAUCUUACCGACGAUACACAGGUCUGCUCGUGUCACAACGUGACGAAGGGUGACGUUGUCGAAGCUGUCAAGUCAGGAAAGUGCACAGAUCUGAACGGACUGAAGGCUUGCACGAAGGCGGGUACUGGCUGUGGUGGAUGUAUUCCACUUGUGCAGAGCAUUCUCAACCGGACACUGAAAGAUCUUGGACAAGAUGUUUCCAACCACCUCUGCCCUCACUUUUCCCGGCCGCGUGCCGACCUCUACAACAUCAUCGCUGUCAAGCGCCUCACAACAUUUGAAGCUGUUAUGCGCGAUGCAGGCACAUUCCCAGAGUCACUUGGCUGCGAGAUAUGCAAGCCAACUAUCGGAUCCAUUCUAGCUAGUCUGUUCAAUGAGCCAGUGGUGUCACGACAACACCAUGACCUCCAGGACACAAACGACCGCUUCAUGGCCAACAUCCAACGCAACGGAACAUUUUCGGUUGUCCCGCGCGUGCCCGGUGGCGAGAUCACACCGAAGCAGCUGAUCGCCAUGGGCCAAGUUGCCGACAAGUACGGGCUCUACUGCAAGAUCACUGGAGGCCAGCGGAUUGACAUGUUCGGAGCACGGAAACAGGACUUGCUUGCCAUUUGGAGGGAAAUGGUGGAUGCAGGGCUCGAAAGCGGCCAUGCAUAUGCAAAGGCUUUGCGGACAGUCAAGAGUUGUGUGGGAUCGACUUGGUGCCGCUUCGGUGUAGGCGACAGCGUUGGCAUGGCUAUUCGUGCUGAGGAGCGGUACAAAAGCAUUCGGGCCCCUCACAAGAUCAAGGGGGGUGUAUCCGGUUGCGUACGCGAAUGUGCAGAGGCACAGAGCAAAGACUUCGGUCUCAUUGCAACGGAAAAGGGCUACAAUAUAUUUGUUGGCGGCAACGGCGGCGCGAAACCCCGGCACGCAGAACUUCUGGCCAAAGAUGUGCCACCAGAGGAGGUUAUUCCGAUCCUAGACCGCUACCUCAUCUUCUACAUUCGGACAGCCGACCGACUGCAGCGGACAGCUCGGUGGCUUGAAAGUCUGCCGGGAGGUAUCACCUACCUGAAAGAGGUCGUUCUUGAAGACAAGCUGGGGAUCUGUGCCGAAAUGGAGAAGCAGAUGCAGGAGCUUGUCGACAGCUAUUUCUGCGAGUGGACCGAGAUUCUUGCGGAUCCAGUCAGACAGAGCGUGUUCCGCCAAUUCGACAACACGGAUGAAGAUGUAGAGACGGUCGAGGUCGUCGUUGAGCGAGAGCAAACCAGACCAACCUACUGGUCUCAGGAGUCAGCGUCUGAGGAUUUUCGCAGUCAUCACUGGUCGCAGCUUGCCUGGGAGCCGCUCCUCGAAACGAAGCACUUUGAUGCAGACGGACGCUCGUCGGCGCAUAUCAAGCGGGGAGACACGCAGCUUGCGGUUUUCCGUGUUCGUGGCCGGUACUAUGCGACGCAGCAGAUGUGCCCGCACAAACGGGCAUUUGUGCUGUCAGACGGCUUAGUCGGUGAGCAGGCGGCCAAAGCCAAUAAAAAAUGUGCCAGUAACGGCGACAGUAGCGGCGGAAGUAAGUACUGGGUAUCGUGCCCAUACCACAAGCGCAACUUUGACCUCAACGGGGAUGUGCCUGGACGGUGCUCAAGCGACGAUUCACUGAGCAUCGCAACUUUUGCAGCCGAAGAGCGUGAUGAUGGAUGGGUGUACCUCAAUCUCCCUCCCGUGGAAGAGCUGGAUGCAAUACUCGGUACUUCGAGGUGGAAAACACGGAAGGAAGAAGCUGGUGACCCGUUUCAGAGGCUGGAUCAGAAGUUGGGGAAGUCCCAAAAGGGUCGCAAAGGCCGGAAGCCAGCAGAUAUACAGCCUCCAUCUCUACAGACCGUUUCAAUUGGCUGGUAA